UGUCAACCGACUCACUAUCGUAAACAGCACCCAUGUAAUGAGUGGACAGCGCGCAAACAGAAGCAUGUUGCACUACUGGCUUCUGGUGUCCUGGUUUGGCUCAGCAAGCCUGCAAUACAUCAACGUCGGGCCCACACCAGACACUCUCUUAGCCCCCGGCCUCUCAAACUUAAACGCCCACAUCCCAUACGUCAACUACUACAGCCUUUCGCCCCAGGGCGAUUUCAACGUGCAGAACGACCCCAUCGAUAACGCGGACGCCUUCAACAGAUUUUAUCCCAGCGGGGACUAUCCUCCCGCCGAUCGUAAACGACGAACUAUUAAUGAAGAAUCAAGAAACUGGUUACCAAAUCUACUGGACAGCCAAAAAAAUACUGAAACCGAAGAGAGAGCCGUUGUACCCCAAAUAAACCAGGAGUCCAUCUCAGACAACGACACGAAUACGGAAACCUUGAGCCUUCGGAAAAGAAGCUUUAGCCCAUGGGGCGGCAAGCGGGCGGGAGGCGUCAAGGUCGACCAAAUGUGGACCUGGAAGCGCGCCAGUCGCAGCAGAGAGCCCAGCAUGCCCAAAAGGGUGCGUUUUAGCCCCUGGGGAGGCAAAAGGAGCGGUCAAGUAGUAUACCACCCCGGCAGUAAAGUCAAGAGGGUAAUUUACUCAACUUCCAUACCGGCGCUCACGAGGAUUUUAUCCAACUAUUCACCCUCUGAACUACCAUCAGAUAUGACGGAUUACCGAUUUAGGCCAACAUAUGAAAAGAGGCACUCAAUCAAAAUUCAUGGUAUUAGCCCUCAAUCAGACCACGUACGCGAAGCGUUACCGUUUAAGAACUAUCUAUCAGCUUUACCACCCUUAUUUAAGCCUGGUCAUCCAUACGUGGACUUGAAUUUGAAAAAUGACGGCAAGAGAAAGGUUAUAUUUAGCCAAUGGGGAGGGAAGCGAACGGCACCUAUAAUUGGACCUAUAUGGACACCAGCUCUAAACGACGUGAAGGAGGCUACUUUAGAUGCCAUUAUACUUAUCAGGAAUAAUAAUAUUGAUGAAGCCAAACAAGAAUCGACGAAAGGACUGUAAAAUGGAACAACUCUCAUUUGUAACUUCCGGACUACAUACUACCUAAAUAACUUCUUUCUUAGAGGGAUCGUGAUCUUUCAAAUGCUUUAUAUAGGGAUUUAUCUAGCUUGGUAUAAAACAACAUAGUGCCAUAAUUAAAUUAAAUUUUAGCAGAUUGACGUUCGGGAGUUACAAAAAUUGUCGUCGACAAAGGCUGGGUUUGUCGAUUGACAGCGAACUGAAAAAUGCACUAAGUCAACAUUGUUAAGGUGUCGUAUUAUUAUACUUAUUUAUUGAGCUAUCUUGUUAGAAAAAUAAAGAGAAUAAUUAAGUU